GCGGCAGGGAGGAGGGGCAGGGAAAGGCGAGUUGGGAUCGGGGGGACUGGGAGGAACUGCGAGUUAUGGGAGGGCAACAGGGGAAUAGGGGGGCUGAGGUCGUACAAGGAGGUAUUGGGGCGGUGGGCUGUACUGGGUGAAUGGGAGAUAUUGGGGAGGGACGCUGGGGGGAUAUUGGGGAGGGGCACUCGGGGAUAUUGGGCACUGAAGGUUACGGGGGAUCGCUGGAGCGCACCGGGAAAAGCCGGGCUGCGCUCGGGUUCCUUCGGACGUUUCCGGCGUCGCUCGGGAACUUCCGGCCUCGCUCGGCUCGGCUCGGCUCCUCUCGGCCGCGGCAUGGCCCCGCCGGCGGGGGACGUGUCCCGGGAGCUGCAAGAAAGCAUCCGCCGGGCCCUUGGGCGGCCCCGCAUCCACCUGCUGCUGCGUGCCCGCCUGGAGACCAAACCCCGUCGGCUGGAGGAGAGGAUCCUGGCCCUCACUGCCUGGCGCCUGCACCUCUUCGGCCCCACAACACCGGCCAAGGCUGAAGGUUCCCUGAGCGUGCUGGAGAUUCGCUGCAUCAGUGCCACCAGCCCCACUCAGGUGCGCCUGGACACGGAGCGGGGUCCCCUGGCCCUGGCCCUUGCCAGCCCUUCUGCUGCUGCCUGCCUGGCCCGGGAGCUGGGAGCCGCCCUGGGGCGGGCUUUGCCCUGUGCCCCCCCCGUCUGGACCCUCCCCCCGGCCCCGCCCCUCGACACCUCCCCCACCUCGGAGAGCUCCGCCUCCAGCGGCCCCAGCGUCUGCGGGGGCUUCUCGGACACUUAUGCGGCACUGUGUGACUACAACGGGCUGAGCUGCCGGGAGGAGGUGCAGUGGGACGUGGACACGCUGUACCAUGCGGGGGAGCGGAGAUGCUUCGACCUGAGGGACUUCAGCCACUUGGAGAGCCGGGAGCUAGCACUGGCAGUGGCAGCAUUGGGCUACAACCGCUGGUUCCGGGGGCUGUGCUGCCGUGAUCUACGCCUGAGCAGUGAGGUGCAGGCACAGGUGCUGCAUGCUGUGCGUCGCUCACCUGCGUUGGAGGAGCUGAUCCUGGACAAUGUGGGGUUAAACGCGGACUUCGCCUCCCGGUUGGCAGCAGCACUGGCGGCUCACCCGGACCCACCGCUGCGAUGCCUGGAGCUGCCCCGCGGAUCCCUGGGGGACAAAGGCCUGGCAGCACUGAGUCAGCGCUUCCUGGGGCUGCCAGGGGGGCUGCGACGGCUACGCUUGCCCCACUGUGGCCUGGGGGCACGAGGAUUGGCGGCGCUGGGCCGGGCGCUGGGCGCAAACCCCGCUUUCCGCAGUGCCCUACAACUGCUGGACCUGGGCCACAAUCCUGGGCUGCUGGGCAGCCCCCACGGCACUGACCUCUUUGCCUUCCUGGCUCAACCCAACGCCCUCCUGCACCUUGACCUGGCUUCCACUGACUGCGCCCUUGAUGUGCUCUUCGGGGCGCUGCUGCACGGCUGUUGCUCACGGCUCAGCUACCUCAACGUGGCCGGGAACAGCUUCUGCCACCGGAAGACCCGUGAGGUCCCACCCACCCUGCAGCAGUUCUUCUGCAGCACCUUUGCUCUGUCCCACAUCAGCCUGGCAGGCGUGCGGCUGCCCCCUGACGCUCUCAGGUCUCUCCUGCAGGGAUUGGCUGCCAACACCCACCUGAGCGACCUCCACCUGGACCUGAGCAGCUGUGAGCUCCGCUCGCCAGGGGCUCGUGUGUUGGAGGAGCUGCUGGGGGGCAUCAGUGCCGUGGGCAGCCUGGACCUCUCAGACAAUGGCUUUGAUGCUGAUUUGCUGACGCUCGUACCAGCCCUGGGGAGGAACAAGGCCCUGAAGCACCUCUGGUUGGGCAAGAACUUCAGUGUCAAGGCACGAACACUGGAGGAGAUUCUCCACAAGCUGGUCCAGGUCAUCCAGGAGGACGACUGUUCCCUGCAGUCGCUGUCAGUGGCUGAAUCGAGGCUGAAGGCCAGGACCUGUAUCCUGGUGAAUGCGCUGGGCAGCAAUGCCUGCUUGGCCAAAGUGGACCUCAGUGGUAACCUCAUGGAAGACAUGGGUGCCAAGAUGCUGGCCAAGGCCCUGCAGAUCAACAGCACUCUGCGGAGCCUCAGCUGGGACAGGAACAAUACAACAGCUGUGGGCUUCCAGGACAUCGCCAGGGCCAUGGAGAGCAACCACACAUUGACCUUCAUGGCCCUUCCUCUCUGUGACCUCACAGCAGCCUACCGUAGUGCCCCGGAGCGGACAGACAGUGGUUGGCAGCAGAUCCAGUGGUGCCUCCUACGCAAUGGCCGUGGUCCCAAGGUGCCACCAGAGCAGGUGCUCCGGCUGCAGCGGGGCAUUGUCACCAGCACGGCUGAGCAAGGCUGUUGCCAAGGAGAUGUGCUGCAGAUGCUCUGCCGGCUGAGCGGACGAGUGCAGGCGGCAGCGCGGGGGCUGCGGGGACACCCAGGGGCACAGCGGGACCUUGCAGAGGCCCAGGAGCUGCUGCGGGAAGCCAGGAACGCCCGUGCGCUGUUCCCCAGCCUGGCAGCGCUGGGACCGGCAGGGGCCGGAGCGGGGCCGCUGCAGCUCCUCCUGCAGGGCGUGGCUGGGGACGUGGCCAAGGCUGUGGACAAGGAGUUGGAGGUGCUCCUGGAGGCGCUGCUGGGUCGGGCCGCCGAGCUCUGCCCCCGGGCGACGGCGGCUGGGGUGUGGCCCGGGGGGGCGUGGCUCGGGGGGGCGCCUCGGCCACGCCCCCCGCUGCCCCCCGGCCUGGCCCCGGGGGCGCUGCUGGAGCGGGCAGGGGAGGAGAUCCGGGAGCAGCUGGGGGAGGUGCAGCUGGCACUGGUGACGUCCCUGACCCAGGCAGUGGUGGCUGAGCUGCUGCGGGAGCUACGCCGUGUCCACCAAGCACUGGCCCAGCACCUGCAGGAUCCGAGGAGUCCCCAGGGGCAGGAGCCAUCGAACAGCACCGAUGAGGAGCUGGGCGUUGAUGUUGAUGCACCGACGCUGCAGCGGCACAGGCGCUGCUGCCGCCGCACCCGCCCGCCUUCUGCCUUCAUGGGCCAAUCCGAGGGCCUGGAGUCACCGUCGCCCCCCAGGAGCUCUGAGGGGGAUCCCAAGCCCCACCCACUGCACUUCAGGGCCCCGGAGGCGCAGGCGGUGGGGGGUUCCCCCCAGCAGGAGGAGUUUGGCCGGCUGCCCCCCACAGUGCCUCCCUACCCCCAGGAGCACAGCUGCAGCCCACACUCAGAGGCAUCAGCCCCUCCAGAAGCUGGCAGCCCCGGGCUGGAGUGGGUGGGGCUUACUUCCCCACAGACCCCGCCCCCUCAGGCCCCGCCCAGGAUGGGGGCGUGGCCCCCGCAGAACGGCGGUGAGAGAGGGGGCGGGGCCAUCCAGGAGGCCACGCCCACUGCUCCGACAGGGACCUCAGACAGGAGCCGCCAGCUGCCCCCCCCGAAGCCCCAGCGGAGGCAGCGAGCCCAUUCCUGCGACAAGGCGGACGCCGGGCCCGGGCCGGGGGGAGGAGGUGAGGCCGCCGCGGUGCUCCGAGGGGCCGCCGCUCACCUCACCGCUCGAACGGCCACUUCUCCCCACAGGCACCUGAGGGGCGGGCAGGACCUCGCGACAGCCGCUCACGGACGGGAAUAAACUUUUACUGAAG